AUGGUUCUCGAUGUAGAUGUUCGUGGUCUUGCCAAAGGCAGUGCAUCUAGUGUCGUGCCAAGAGCUCACUUAGCAAUUUAUCAAUCAUGUACAAAGACAAGUUGUUUGAGUGUUGAUAUAUUGAUGGCUAUGGAUCAAGCCAUUGUUGAUGGAGUAGAUGUGUUAUCUAUUUCUAUAGGUCAUCAUCUGGACCCUUACUAUCUUGAUAACAUGGCCAUUGGCACAUUCUCAGCAAUUCAGAAAGGUUUGGUUGUUUCCAUGAUUGCAAGCAAUUCAGGCCCAGAAUUAAGUUCAAUCGAGAAUGAUGAGCCAUUGGUAACGACAGUAGGACCUAGCAGCCAUGAUUUAAGGGUCAAAGCAACUGUAAAGCUUGGAGAUGGUACUCAGAUAGUUGGAGAAACAGGAUACUUCAAUGCCACAUUGCUUCUUGUUUUCCAUGGUCUCCUGGGUAAUGGCACUGAAGGAGGAGCGGCAAUGAUCAUAAGAGAUACGUUCAUGGAAGGAUCUACCACAUUUUCUGAUGUCAUGUUCUUCUGGGAUGCUGUUGAUUUGAUUGCUUUGGGUGCAGCGCAAGUGAACCCACAAGCGGCUAAUGAACUUGGUCUUGUUUAUGACAUAAUGCCAUUUAAUUAUAUCCAGUACCUCUGUGGCAUGGGCUAUAGCGAUGCUAAUGUUUCAACAGCAGCUAGUCGCCAAAUCUAA